AUGGCUAGGGACCGAAAUUCAGCGCAGUCGGGCAUUUCGCAGUUGCUCAUGAAAAUCAAUGAUCCCGAUCCCGAUAUUCGCUUCAUGCAGUUGAGCGAUCUCACAAACAUCCUCCUAUCUCCUGCUUCAGAAUACAUACGGACUGAUAAUCAUACUGCCGCAAGAAUUAUCGAGGGGUUGCUGAAGGCCUUAGCCGAUCAGCAUGGUGAAGUCCAGAAUCAGGCUCUCAAAUGCAUUGGGCCUCUUGCUACACGCAUCCCUGGUGAGACGAUAGCGCCGCUUAUCGACAAACUCACCGACCUCACCAACAAGGACAUUGACAUCUCAAUCCCGAAUACGGCCCUGCGCUCCCUCAUCGCCUCCCUGCCUCAACCCAGACCGAAUGAGGGGCCGAGCACCGAGGUGAAAGAUGCCUACACUGCUGUGAGCAAGGUCUUGAUUCCGAGACUCGUGGGCCACGUAAUUAUACCGUCAAGCAAACCUCCCCCACCCCUACCCAGAGGCUUGUUGGAGGCACAGAAAGAUAAAGGCUACAGCAGCGACGCGGUCGAUGUCAUGAUUGAAAUAGUCAAGUGCUAUGGCUCCUUGCUGCACGAUUUGGAGCUAGUCGCUCUUGCCAAGGCGGUCAUGAAUAUCAUCGAGAGUCCGCAGGCUGGCGGUGUGGUCAAGAAGCGUGCUCUGGCAGGCAUCGGAGCAUUGUUACCUCAUUUCAAUGACACCCAGGUCAGAUCCUUCGUGGCGGCUCUUACCGAAAGCUAUCAGAACAGUCAACUGAGUAUUGAACAUCGGAGGUUUCUUGUGGCCACGAUUGGAACGCUUGCGCGGUCGAGUCCGACCAAGUUUGGCCCCUAUGUCGAGGACGUCAUUCCCUAUGUGCUGGAGGUCUUGAGCCAGGAAGAGAUGUCGGCAAAUGCAUCCGUGGACGAAGAUAUUGAAGUUGACCCGGAGAUUGAGGAACUUCGCGAAACAGCCCUCAUCGCACUCGAGGCCAUGCUUGGGUCGUGUCCAAAUGAGACCAAAUCCCGUCUCGCCGGCGCUAUUGACGCCGCGCUGAGGUAUCUCAAGUACGACCCUAAUGUUGCCGACGUUGAAGACGACGAGAUGGGUGGCACCCAAGAUAACGAUUCUGAUGAUGGCAUAACAGAUGAUGCUCCGGACGACGAUGACGAUGAGUAUGCCGAGCUGGAUGACGAUGACGCUUUCAGUGAUGUUGAUGACAUGAGCUGGAAAGUUCGUCGCUGCGCUGCAAAGGCCUUGUACACCAUUGUCUCGGGGUCGUCCUCUGGCGACAGAGGGCUGCUCUUUGGAAAAAUUGCGCCUGUUCUAAUAUCCCGGCUGUUCAAGGAACGGGAAGACAGCGUCCGUCUAGAGGUGAUCGCGGCUACAACUGCGCUGAUCCGGAAAACUGGAUCUGGCUUGACGGAGGCGGCACUCACCAGAGUCGACUCAUCAGAAAAUCCAGCCAUGCCGACCAAUACUCGCAAGCGAAGACGACAGGACAGCGAGGCGGACAAGAAAGACCCCGAUCUCCGUGGCCUUAUCUCCAUACGGUCCAGUCCUCCGAUUCUCCCAGCCUCGCCCCCGUCGGGUUCGCAGGCUGAGCUGGUCGGCUUGGUGCCGAAGAUUGUUCAAGCUCUUACCAAAUUAUGGAAGAAAGCAAGCAUCUCUCUGAAGCAAGCUGCUGUGGGAAUGCUCAAGACCCUCACCUUGGCCCGGAAUGGGAUCUUAUCUGAUCACCUACAGCUUUUGGAGGAUGCUAUCGCUGACGCUUUGAAACCUGCAUCUGGGGCUGGGACAGGCAGUGCAGCCUCAGGGACGUCCGCGACUGUUGCCAGCCUCCAGAUCGAGACGUUGACGUUGAUCAGUGUCAUUGCCGAGACUAAUGGUACCAGUGUACUGAUUCCCUUCGUCAUCGCACUCAUUCCCUCGGUCACAGCAAUCGUUCGAGACAAGAACUACAAAGUCUCGACAGAGGCUCUGGGCACUAUUGAGCAGUUUGUGAAGGCUCUGACUCCACCCCGUUCUCAACCAGCAAACCAAGACCAUUCGAUACAUAUUGAGAAGCUUUGGCAGGCCAUUGUUGAUCGAGUCACCGACAAUAACACAGACCUCGAGGUGCGCCAUCGCGGUAUCCAGGUGUUUGGUGUUCUCGUCGCCAGAACGUCAGGUACUGAGCUGUUAUCGUCCUCAACCAGGGCUAAGAGCCUUGGGGUUCUAAGUGACAGACUAAAGAACGAGACCACACGUUUAGCAAGCGCGAGAGCCAUUGGACUCAUUGGCGAGGCUGCAAGCAGUCACGAUAACAUCGGUUCCGCUUGGGUUCAAGAAGUCUCCUUAGAGAUGGCAAAUCAACUUCGUAAAGCUGAUAGGUCUCUUCGAGGAUCCUGCUUGGAGUCAUUGCAGUACCUCGCUUUAAACCCAGUCACGUCCUCUCUGUACGGAACAGGCACCAUCCUGCAGAUUCAGACAUUGCUGAUGCCGUUAAUCUCGGCCACGGACCUGCAUUUGUUGACGCCAGCUCUUGUGAUAAUGUCCAAGAUCAUCCCAACAAAUGCACAAGCACUCGUGACGCCAGAGGUUGUCGAGGCACUUUGCGGUAUAUCACAUACUAGGAUCGAAGGACCUCCACUUCGAGCUUACCUCCUGGUUGCGAAAGUCAUCGGUGAGCACGGAGUUGGUGCGCCACUUAUGAAAGGCCUCCUCACUGUCGGAACGAACGGUGAGACGAUGGUUCUUGGAAGAGCAAUUGGCACCUUACUGGUGUACGGGGGCAACAAUUUGACCAUUACCGUAGAUGACUUCCUGGCGGAACUGCAAUCGUCUCAUGAUCUGCCGGCAAUCUGCUUAGCACUAACGGUCUUGGGUGAAGUUGGCUUCAGAAUGGGUUCUCAGUCUCCAGUAAAGGUCGAGACCUUCAUCGAAUGUCUCUCCGCCGAGUCCGACAAGAUCCGGCUCGCUGCUGCGGUCGCGCUGGGCAGCGCCAGCUCCAACAACGUUUCGGAAUGCCUGCCCAUCAUUCUUCGAAGCCUCGCGCAAACCCCUACCGCGGACUAUCUGUACCUGCACUCUCUGAAAGAAAUCCUUGAGCAUUCCGAGAGCUCACUUGGGGAACUCCAACCGUAUGCAGCAGAGUUGUGGCAGAAGCUGUUUGCCGUGGCGCAGACGGAGGACAACAGUGCCGUUGGUGCUGAAUGCAUAGGUCGACUGGCGACUAUCGAUCCGGACACAUACGUCCCGGAGCUCUCCAAGUCGCUGUCGGAUUCCAAUGCAUCAAUUCGCGGCAUCGUCAUAUCAGCGUUCCGCUUCACUUUGGGUGAAACUGGCAGUGCCUACAACAGUAUCCUGAUGAAGGCCAUGACACCUAUGCUUCAGGCCAUGCUGCAUGACAAGGACCUGUCGAACCGCCGUCUUGCUAUUACUACUCUCAAUGCUGCUAUCCACAACAAGCCGGAACUGGUCAUCCCAGACGUUGGUCAACUGCUUCCCACCGUCCUGGAGGAUUCGAAGAUCAAGCCUGAACUCAUCAAGCAGGUCAAGAUCGGACCGUUCACCCACACUGAAGAUGCUGGUUUAGACCUGCGCAAAUCUGCAUAUGCGACCAUGUAUGCCCUACUUGACUGUCCUGGAGCUAUCCCACAUCUCCCAAUUGCCAAGAUCUUUGAUCGCAUCCAGGACGGUAUCCCCGAUGAUCACGACAUCCGUACUCUCUGCAUCCUCAUGCUCACCCGUCUAUCCGUGAUUGAUCCUGACGAAACCCGCCGCCGCCUUACGCCACUUGCUGAAAAGUUCCGCAUCGUGCUUGGCGCCAAAUUGAAAGAAAAUGCGGUCAAGCAGGAAAUCGAGAAGGUCAAUGAAGCCAAUGCGGCGGUCAUACGCAUCACCAUCGAACUGGACCGCAAAUUUCCUGGUGCCACUGCAGAGGGAGCGGGUGGUGAGUCGAUUGGGUGGAAGGGGUAUCUGGAGUAUUUGAAAAAGGAAUUUUCCUCGGUCGCGAGACAGGUGCAGAUGGAUGCUUGA